GCGACGUCUGAGGAGAGACGGAGAGACGCAGAGACGCAAGCAGAGCGCUGGAGGAGCGGAGCGGACCGGACUGGACGGGACCGGAGCGGACCGCGGGUGAAGAACUAUCCAGCGAGCCGACUGACUCGGCUGACGAGUGACCCUCGCACUGCACCGCCCCCCAGCGGUCACCACCGGCCUCGCGGGCUGCGGACUGCCCUGCUGGGGGCCUCGGGAGCGCGCACCCGCGAGCAGGAGCGGAGCCGAGGACCUGGCUGGAUGAGCAGUGGGGCGUGCAGACCGACCCCGCCGGCAGACGAUCCACGCGCAAAGGCUCACGCACACGCGCGCUGGCCUGCGGUCGUUGAUGAGCCGCGCUGGUCGCCACGAUGGCCGCCGUGUCCCACCCGUCCAACCCCGACAUCCCCGACAACCACCGGGAGAGCUGGCUGAGCCUGCUGGCCGCCGCCGAGGCCUACUCGCAGAAAUCGGGCUGCGACCUGGCCCUGCUCCUGGCCAGCAAGAAGGUGCGCCUCCCCGCCGCCCAAGGAGAGCCCACCAGCAAGUGGGAGGGAGGCGGGCCCCCCGGGGCCGCGGAGUACUCGUACCACGUGUGGGGCCAAGGGGCCCUGGCCGAGGCCUCGCGCCGCUAUAUCGAUGACAUCGCCGUGCUGCACACCGCCUCUGUGCUCACCGCCCACAGGCACACGCACCUCGGUCUGGGGGAAGGGAGAGUGGCUGGCCUGGGAACGGAGCCCGGAAGCCGGGGGAGCUUCAGCGGUGACGGCGGGACCGUGAGCCCAAGCUCACGCCUCUACUCGCAGAGCUACCCGUCAAUCUACAACCCGGUGGGUGCCGUGGGCCAGGCUGGCAUGCAGAAUGCCAACGGGGAGCGAGAGCGCACCGUGGUGGAGGAGAUGGGCAGUAUCAGGGAGAGGCCGGAGGGAGGAGAGGAGGAUGAAGACGAUGAUGAUGACGAGAGCAGGAGGGGCAAUUUAAAUGAAACAGCUGGCGUGUUCUCCAUGGAUGAAGACUCUCUGUCCCGCGACUGUGAGCCCUUCUUCGAGUCGGACGCUGAGGAGGAGAGCACUGAUGGCUCCCUGAGUGAGGAGGCUCCGCCCCCAGCACGUAGCGUGGCUGUGGGUCAACUGUCAGCGGCACGUGCCCAGCACCCCCUGUUACUGGCCCGCUCACUACCCGUCUCCGUACCUGUGUGGGGGUACCGGUGCGGCCGCGGAGCGCAGGCAGACAGCCACAGUGGCGAGCGGGCUGGCUGCCCUGACCUCGAACACAUUGCUGCCAGCAUGCAGGCGCUGCUCGCACCUGGUGCCACCGACGGCACUGAGAUGUUUGGAGGACUGCCCCGGCCGCGCCUCAACACCGGAGACUUCUCACUCAAGCACUGAGCUGGAGAGGCACCGAGAUGGCGCGCGCACACACACACACACACGCGCGCACACACACACACACACACACACACACACACACACACACA